AUGCUACCGACUUCUAUACGCGGUAUUAUAUGCGGUCCGUCAAACUGCGGCAAGACAAACGUAUUGAUAAGCUUGCUGGAAAGUCCGCACGGCGUACGCUUUGAGAAUGUGUACAUAUACUCGAAAUCAUUGCAACAACCGAAAUAUCAAUACUUGGAGAGUAUACUGUCACCGAUAGAAGAAAUUGGUUAUUUUACAUUUUCCAAUAACAGCGACGUCGUUCCACCGAACGAGGCGCUUCCAAAUUCCAUUUUUGUCUUUGAUGACGUGGCAUGCGACAAGCAAGACGUCAUAAGAGAAUACUUUGCAAUGGGCCGCCACGCGCACGUUGACUGCUUCUAUCUCUGUCAGACAAUCCCCAUAGUAUACCUACUCACGAGAUUAAUAGGUAAACUUAGAAGAGCAGAGCUUCGUAAUACUAAUUUACAAGAAGAAGAGCAAGAGGUGGAUGACUCUCAUAAUGGAGCAGGUAUUUCAGAAACACAAUUAGACAGCUUUCAGUGGUUACGAAGGUGUCUGGAACCACAGAGUGAGGCUACUGUAAAAUGGAAAGAGACUGCCUCUGUAAGACUAUUAAAACUCAGAAGCACGGAAUAUAGACGAAAAAAGAGAAAGCAGUUUAUAUGUGGAAUUACUGAGUACUUCAAUGAAUUUCGUGUUUUGCGACAGCCUUGGGGUUAUAUUUUGUUAGAACAAGAUUUCAACCAUCUCUAUCCGAAUAAUUUGAUGCAACUUCUGUCUAAUUGGGAGAAAGUUGUUCCAAAAAUAAAAAAACUUAAAAACUACUAUAAAAUUCACAACUGUUGAAG